AUGAUUUCAUCAAGAAAUUUUUUUGUUAAAUUAGAACGUAAAUUAACCCUUUUUCAGCGAGUAAAGAGAUUCAAGAAACUUGAAAUUGAAAAAAAUGACAGUUAUGAAGUAAAAAAUAUUUCUAAAACUAAUGAUCAUAAAUCAUAUAUUUCAAGCGCAAAAAUUAGUAAAAAUAACUUAAAAGUGAAUAUAAAUACUAAAAAUAAAAGAGAUAAUAAACUUGGUAAUAGUAAUAGCAAUUAUUUAGAUAAGCAAAAUGCUAAAAGAAAUUAUACAAAUAAUUUGAGUAGUUCAAAAUUAACGAAAACAUCAUCAGAAAUUUUGGGAAAGAGGGAUAAUCCUCAUAAUAAGUUAAAUGAUAAUAUUAAUAAUACAUAUAACAAGAAUCAUAUUAGAAUUAAUAAUAAUAAUACUAACAGUAACAUUAACAACACGAACUUAUAUAUAAACAAAUUGCAUGAUUAUUUAAGCGUUGCUCACAAGUCUGAAAGUGAUAAGAUCAGAAUAAAUAAAAUUUUGAACAAAUUAAAAAAUGAUAAUUUAACUAUUAUUAUUAUAUUAAAUGUAUUAAAAGAUUUAUGUAAUUUACUUUUAAAAAAAAGUUCUAUAAACAUAGAUGAUUUAAUUGUAGUAGAUUAUUUAAAUAAUAAAAAUCCUUUAAAGAAAUUAAAAAACUAUUUCGAAGAGUAUUUUGUGCAUAUAGAAAAUUAUUUAAAAAGUUACAUUUGUUUUAUAAAUGAGGAAAACAUUUUUGAUUUAUUUAAAUAUUUUUAUUAUCUUAAUUAUUCAUUGGAUUUAAAAACAAUAGAAAUAUUAAUGGAAAGAUUAUAUUUGUGUAUUGAUAAAUUAGAUAAUUUGAAAACUGUUCAAAUAUAUUAUAUUGUCCAAUCCUUUUACAAGCAUUUUUAUUUAAAAGAAAUAGAUAAUUAUUUUACCUUAGUUGUUAAUGAAAAAUUGAAAAGAUCAUAUAGAGAAAGUGAUUUUCUUAAUUCUUUUAUUUUAUCAGUAAACAGAGAAAACUCCAACUUGAAAAGCAAUCAAAAUAAAAAUGAAGAAUACAAAUGCACAUUUAAUAGUUUGUUCAAUUUAAAUAGUAAUAAUUUUACCUGUGAUACAGAACAUAAAGAGAAUUCGUACGAAAACGUAUCAAGUGAAUAUAGAAACUGGGAUAAUUAUAAUGAAAUAAAUAAAAUUAGUAAUGAAAAUCCUGUAUUAAAUUUAAAUAAUAAAAAUGAUAGUAUUUUUUUAAAUACAUACAAAAAUAAUGAUGAAAUUAAUAUAAAUGCUAUAACAAAUAAAGAACAAAAUACUUCCUAUGUUCCAUUGAAACAAUUAGAGAAUUUAAAAAAUAAUGAUAAAGUGAACAUUGUGGAAAAUAAUGAAAUUACGUUAAUUUUUAAAUAUAUUCAAAAUUUUCAUGAUAAAAUGAAUUUUUUUUAUUAUUAUAAUAUAAUAAAUUUCAUAAAAAAAAAUAUAAAUAAUUUUUCAAUUGAUUCCCUAUUACUUAUAUUAAACAUAUACAUAAAUAACACUAAUGAAAUACUUAAUAAGCAAAUAUUAAAUGUACUAUAUUAUAAUAUAGAUAAUAUGACUGAAAAUAAUUUAAUAUUGUUGACAAAAUAUUUUAGUCAAGCAAAAAAUUUAUUAAUCAUAAAUAAAGAAGAUGAUAUUGAUGAAAUUGCAUUCAUUAAUAAAAUUUUACAUAAGAUAAAAAUUGAUAAGGAAUUAAUUAUCCCUGACAAUCUUGCAACAAUUUUUUUAAAUUUAAAUGAAACAGUAAAUAAAAUUUUGAAUUCAAAAGAUAUUAUAAAAAAACAAUAUUCUAGUGUAUUUAAUAAUACUAGAAAAAAAUCGAAUAACCAAGAUGAUUUUUUUAAUGAAAAUGGUUAUAAUUAUGAAAAUUGUAUUAUUGAAACAUUUAAUGAAGGGAAAAAGUCUAGUAGCAUACAUAAUUAUACUACUACUAAUAAUAAUAAUUAUGAUGAAACUAUUCAUAUAAAUGAAAUGAAUGAUAAUAAAAGUGUACAAAGAGAGGAGAAUAAUAGCGAUAAAAGUAAAAAUGAAAAGAAUGAUCAAAUUAUUAAUUAUGAUAACCUAAAAACACAUUUUAUGAAUGAAAUAAUAAAAUUUUGUGAUGAUUAUAUUAGUAAUAUUUCAUCAUUUACAUCAAUUUUUAAUUUAUACUUAAUAUACAUUAAAAAUGAAGGAAUAAAAAAUAAAACAAUAAGUGUAUUUGAGCAAAAAAUAAAAAUGAAUAAAAAUAAAAUAACUCAACAAAAUAUUUCAAAUAUAAUAUUAUCAUUAAGUAUAUAUCCAUAUCAUACAACUCAAAUGUUUACAUAUUUAGAAAACAUGAUAAAUGAAAAAUUAAUGAAUAUAACCAAUAAUUUUAAUUCUACAUAUGAUAUAAACGAAAAAAAUAUUGAUGAAAAUUUUCUAAAUGUUGAUGCGAAUUAUUUAACGGAUAUAUCAUUAGCUCUUGGUAUUAGUGGAAGGAAAAACUUAAAAAUUUGGAAAUUUAUUGACGUUCAUAAAAUUAUUCUUACUUGUAAUAAAAAAUUAUUAUUAUAUUUAUCUUAUAGCUUUUUAUUAACAAAUUAUUUCUGUUCACUAUCAUGGUUUUUUAUUAUUAAAAGGAUUGUAGAGGAUAUAAAAGUCUUUAACAAAAAACAGUGCGAAUUGCUGUAUGAAAUACUAAAAUGCAGUGUUUUAUUUAAUUAUGUUGAUUUAAAUAAUUUUACCAACAAUAAUCUGGAAGUUAACAGUAGUAUAAAAAAGCUGUCUAACAAUAAUAAUAACAAAAAUGAAGCAAAUAAUUUUUUAAAAAAUUUUCAUUAUUUAUUAAAUACUUCAUAUUAUCAUUAUAAAGUAAAGCUAAUAAAUAAUCAGUAUAAUUCGAAAGUUCCUUAUGAAGAAAUUUUUAAUUAUUUAAAAUUAAAUUAUGAAAAAAACGUAGAAUUUAAACAACUAUAUAUAAUUCCAUAUUUGUUAAAAGACUAUAAUGUAAUUAUUGAUCCUUUACCAUCUACACCUAUACAUAAAUCAAGUGGUUUUAUAAUGGGAGAAAUACAAUUAAAACAUAAAGUUUUUCAACAUGAUAAUUAUGUUGUUUUAUCAUUUUAUGAUGGUAUGUGGAAUAAAUUCAUUAAAUUGUCCGAGGAUGAUGAAAAAUAUAUAUAUGAUAUAAAGUCUCUAUCAGAGCAUUUUAAAACAUAUAUUGAAUCACAUAUAAAAAUAGAAAUUAAUAAAAAUAAUACUAAUAAUACUACCCCAAAUGAAAUAAAACAAAAAAGCCCUGUUAAUUACUUAAAAUACAAAAGGUCUAAUUUACCAUCUGAAUUGAAUAGCAAAUAUUUAAUAAAUAAAACUAAUAAUAUAAACAAUUAUCAAGAUCAGAAUAAAUAUUUAAAAAUUAAAACUAAAACAAAUAAAAAAUAA